CGCCAGCAGGAAUGUGACAAACAAGGAGGUGGCGGUUUGGACGAGUUUUUCUCUCAAGUUUAAUCAGAUGCGCCCAACGACAUUCAACGACCGACAGGUGGAUAAUUCCAGACAAGUUUCUGACGAGCAGGAACGAGUUACCAAGACGACCUGAGUCUGUACUGUGUGACUCAAUUUAGCCCAGCCCUGAGCCACAGUGAGACAUGGAGAGUUCCCCGGGCAGUGUUACCUGGCCACAUCACAGGCUACCUGAGUUCUCCUCUCUUCUCAAGCCAGAGUCACGGGCCAUGGCCAAACCCAGCCCUGCCAACAGGACACCCAAGGAUUCUUUGAGCCCAGGAGAAGGCACACAAGGCAAGGAAGCUGCCUGCACUCCCUCCAUGCUGCCAGCAGAGGGCGCUGCUACCAUGCGGCAGCUCUACAUGGGCGAGUCCCGUUCCAGCACCAGCUCCAGCCUGUCAGACUCCCUGUCUGACUUCUACACCAGCAGCCCUGAUCUUAGGGAAGGAGCAAAGGGGAAGGAACAAGACAAGGAGUGUCUGAGGAGUAAAAGGGACGACGGACAAGGUGACAGUUCUGAUAGAGCAACACAAUCCCAGCCAAGUGAUGAUUCUAGUUCUGAAAGGAUGAGGAGGCAGGCAACGUCAUCUCUGCAACUGCAGGGUGAUGUCUACACGGAGAACGGUGGUGCUUCAACACACACAGGAUUAUUAGGUCAUCCGCCGGCGCGGGGCAUUACAGAGGCAUCAGCACUUAGAACGGACAGUGCAACGGAUUCGGAGGAAACGGAGAGCGAGAGGGAGUUUACAGCUGAAGGGGCCAAAGUGGAUGUAGACGGUAAAAAGAUUAUUUCGCACAGCAAGGACCAGUUAACCCUGCAGAUGACUCCUGACAGUGUGGAACCUGAGACGCCUGAAAGCCCUCUGGUAAAGGAUGCAGCAAACAUAGAGAAUCUCUCCAGUGAUGUAAGUGUAGCCAGCGACAAAGUCUACUCUGGGACGUUCUCUGUGUACCGUGCUGACAGCAGUCUGCAGGAUUUCACUCAGGCGGAUUUCGUGGACAGGAUGAGAGCUCGAGUGAGAGUUGGCUCCCCGGACUGGUCCUUGGGCCUCUGUGUUAGUGACAUGAGGUGCAACACCCCCAGACCACUACUGGAUGGCUCUGAAGCAUUUCCUAACGUGGAACGUUCCAACAAUCCUUCAGAGAGUCACGAUACCUUGCAUACUCCCCCUCUCACGAUGAACAGGAGUCCAAAUACCAUGAUUGCGGUGACAGAACAGUUGCGGCAGAGUCAUCAGGAAUUCAGCGCGAUGCCUUCCAUGCCCGUGCCGUGUUCGGUAAUAGCUACCCAGUCUGACAGUUCACAGACGACCCUGAUUGGUGGGAUUGUAGCGGGAGGAAAGACCCCUGAAGAUAUUACCUCAUGGUACAGAAAGCUACCUCCACUACCGCAGCACAUAGAACCUAUGAUACCAGAUUUGAACAAGACAACAGGUACAAACCACAUAAGUUACCCCUGUCCUGAGAUGGAUCCGGCCAUGAUACAAGAUGGAACCUCGUCCUUGAUGUGGAACCAGUCUCCAGAACUCACCAACGAAGGAGCAGCUCUACUCGAGUCUUCACAGCAAGAAGCCAGGACAAGCUUCAACAAGUCAAACUCUGCUUGGAAGUUCACCUACACGCACCCUUGGGACUUCUCACCCAGGAAACGUGACGAUACACUUCCCGAGUACGGAGCAAAGCCGUCGAGCGGCGUGUCCAGCGCUCUGGCCACGGAGGAACACCUAGUUAGAAUGACCGGCCAGGUCCCUGCGAAAUCCAGUGCUGAUGUUACCCAACAGACAUGGUCAGCUGGUACCAUGAUGAACACAGCCACAUCAAGUACACUUCCAAGUGCCAUGCCUCCUGCUGUUAGUGUUAGUAUAUCCCAGCCUACACACAACAAUCUCAACCUCCUCACACAGGCCGCACAAGAGCAGGCGGAAACGCUGUCCUCCAUCCUACCCGGUCAGCAGUUCCUGGUGUACCUCGUUCCAGGACCGCCGGACGCUGCCGGCACACCGGGUCCCCCCACCCUCCUGUACGUCCCCCACACCCCGGGAAUGGCUGCUCCGGUCAUCCGCAAGGACAUCAUGCAGCACGGACAGAUCCAAGGGAUUGGCAACAACAAGGGCAUCAACAACAACAAGUCAGGCUACCUCUUCAUCCCGGUCAGACCAGACCCUCUCUCCUCGGCACAGUACCAGACAGGUUACAUCAGACAGCCUUACACAAACCCGUCCCACUCGGGAGACAGUUUUCAGCAAGUCCAGAAAACAUUCCACGAUCCAACUGCACAACUGUGCAACACUGGGGAACUCCCCGCGGUAUCUACGCCCUUUCCCGUGAUACAGGGCGGCGCUGCGGGAGAGUUGAGUCACAGCUGCCCGGUCUACAAUGCCAUCCCCACUAGCUCCACAUACAGCUCCUACAUGACUACUGCUCCGAUGAGAGGCAACUCGGGCGGCCUGUUGAGGAAGCCAAGAGGGCUGCCAGCGAGUUCUUCUCACAACACGCAGUCGGGAAACACGGCACAGGCAAACAACGCUAAUUCUGUCUCGGUCCGCUACAACAUGAUCGGCUGCUUCACCGAAUCCGGCGUUACUGUCCCAAACACGUCAACCCAAUCCACCGGUGGAUUGUUCACGUCUCGCAGCGGCUCUGUAAGAUCUGCAGCAGGGACAAGUUCAAACCGUUAUUACCCGGCUGUGGAAUCCACAUCAGUUCCAGGUGCAAGCAGGCUGCCAGCAGCUGAACAGGUGAACUGGAGGCAGAUGUAUCCGGGACACCUGCAACCGACGCCCGGCAAGUCAACCUCCCUGCUCAGGCAGCACCUACAGCAAGCAGCACUCGGGAAACCUCAAGCCUCUGCCAGCAUCUCUUCCCUCUCGGGGCUGGAGAGUUUGGAGAACAGCCUGUCAGUCAACAACAGCUGCAGUACUGUCACAGGAAGCCAGGUGGCCUCGUCGUCAUCUGUGCAGGACAGUUCCAUGCUGUCUCAGUCGGGGAUGACUUUGCUGACAGAUGCAGGUACAGGAGCCAUCAGCCAGGCAAACCCUGCUGUUCAAACUACGGAAAGAAAACCGACAACGACAUUGAAUGCCGUAGAGAUUGCACAGCCUACAGGGGUGAGAAGUGAGGUGGCAGAGUCGACAACAGGCCACAUCUCAACACCGUCUAAGCAGAAGGUGGACCCCAGGAUGUACCCACCAAGGCACUACGAGUUCAGGGUCAUACAGGUCGGAACAUGGAAGGUUGAACACAAAGGCAGUGAUGUUGGACAGACUGCCAAGAUCAAGCUCCUCUUUGCAUCAAGGAAACUGGUGUACGAGUUCCAGUUGAAUUCGGUAGUGAGAGCCCAUAACAUGGGGAUGAGGCAGCUGGCAAGUGUGGAGAUUCCAUUCAAGAUCAUCGUCGGCAUCAAUGCUCAGUUGGACAAGAUAACUCUGGAGGUGUCUGAAGCUCCCAUGAUGUACUUCGGCACCAGAGUGUGCCCACGUGGGGGUGAGACCAUGUGGGGGAGGGCAGCACGCUACAGGAGGGACCAGCGAGCCGACAUCACCGGGGGACAGCUACAGACUAUACCCUACCACACAAUUGAGCUGCGCUCCAUGUCUGCGGUGAGGAAGGUGCAGGAGUGUCUGGAGAAGUUUGACCCGGGUUUUGUCACCAUGAUGAGAACUCCGAUGGCCGUGGACCCCAACAAGCGCCUGGCCGUGAAACAGGAGUCCCGCCCCGUCCCUGUCGUCACCCAGCCCCCCAGCUAUCCUCUCAAACCCAGGGGGGAGGGGCAGGAAGGAGAUGUAGUGGGACCUCCAGCCAAGCGGUACCACCCGUCAGACAGCUGCAGCUGCAGUACGGGCUGCUCGUCACGCCGCUGCGGCUGCUGGAGCUGCAUGCGUCCCUGCGAGCCCAGCUGCUCCUGCACCAACUGUAACAACCCCCUCAUGAUCCUCAAGCAGUUCGGCGUGGACGCUGACAAGGCACUGGAGGAUGACUGCCUCGUGGUCAACUUUGCGAAGGUGUCAAACCUGCGUCAGCACCUGCAGACGCUGUACCACCUGCCGUGCUGCGGAGCCAUGGUACAGCUGCUGGACAUGAUCCCGGGCUACCGCACCUGUCCCGAGUGUAAACACAAGGCCGUGUACGCCUACUCCUGGUGCAACUUUGACUUGUGUGACCAGAAUAAGAGGCCAAGAAAUCACUGCACGAAAUGCCGCAAGUGCAAGGACUUUAGGGAUGUACACUGUCAGAAAUGCAAUACCUGCUACUUUGCCGGUGCCUUGGGAGAACAGCGUUGCCCGUGUACAUUGCGACAGAGGCCCAGCCAUCAGACCACCAGCACUGAGGGACUCUCUGGCUUCUUCCAGUUCUUUGUUGGAAACCAGCAGCAGCUGGCAGCACAGGGGUCUGGUUUUGACCUGAACCAACCGGUACCAUCUGGCUCAAACCAGCAUGGAACAGGUUCAGGGGUCUAAGUGUACUGUCUAGAUCUGUACCUCACAGGCACUGUGAGAUCAACAUUCCAGUUCAAUGUUUGUUUUGUUAAAUACUGUUACCUGUUGUUGACUCUUUUGACUGAAACAUUGACAGGGCCUACCUACCAGUGUACUUACUUGGUAGUGAGGCAUUGUCAUUCCAUACAGUUUUACAACUUUGCUGUAGUUCAAGAUGUAAGAAAAGAAAGAGCCAACGGUAAGAGAACCGUAAUAACCGCUACCUUCGGGAUCUAGCCAUGAAAUCAUGAUCUAGGACGAUGCAUUACUUUGGACUAUAUAGGCACAUGACUUUCCUUGCUUGCUAGGUCAAGCAUUAAGAACCAGUCUAUUGACACUAGGUGUCGUUAAUUCGCUUCACAGAAAAUUGUGCAAAUAACUGAUGUUGUCUGUUGGUUUAGACUAGUGUAGGAGUAGUGUAGGUCAAUAGUGUUUGUUCUCGUUUUGUCAUAAAGACAACAUUUACUAAAUCAUGUGCAAGUGCAGCUGUUUAUAUUGUGUGUCCACUUCAGCGACAGUGGAGACAUUGCCAUUUUGGUAACUGUUUUGUUGAGUUUUGAAUUAACGUUGUUUAAACUAGGAUGCACUUUUAUACAAUUAUAACAUUCAGUGCCUAAAUUUGUUAGAAUUUUCUGACAAUUGUGAAAAGAUUGUAUUACUAAUUAACUAAAUUCUAUAUUUUUUAUGUUUC